UGAGUCUUCACUGUAAUAAACAUUCGCCAUAGCUGCUCACUAUUCUGCACUCAUUAGGGUUUCCAUUAUUUCGUUGUCUAAGUUUCUGUUAUCAGUUCUUGUAGUUUCUCUUCUUAUCUGCCAAAGAUCUCAGUUUCAUAGACACCCCGACCAUGGCUUCUUCUUUGUCAUCAAAAGAUCUUCUACAGGGAGUUGAUGAUUUAGGGCGUAAUGAUUCAGACCUAACCGUUCUGGAAAAACAUGUUUCGUUCUUCGACAGAAACAAUGAUGGCGUCGUGUAUCCAUGGGAGACUUUUGAAGGUCUUCGAGCAAUCGGGGCCAGUUAUUUCACCUCCAUGACCGGCGCUUUCCUCAUUCACUUUGCUCUCAGUGGCAAAACUCGUCCCGGGAAAUAUCCUUCUCCGGUCUUUCCGAUUGAGGUCAAGAACAUCCACUUGGCAAAACAUGGCAGUGAUUCUGGUGUAUAUGACAGUGAUGGAAGAUUCGUAGAGUUGAAGUUCGAAGAAAUCUUCAGCAAAUUCGCCCGUAUGCAUGGGAGUGCCUUGACGUCCGGUGAACUCUUGGCAAUGAUCAGGUCCAACAGGGAAUCAGGGGACUUCAAAGGAUGGAUCGGAAGCUGGACGGAGUGGAUGACAUUAUACAAUCUUUGCAAGGACGAGCGUGGAUUGCUGAGGAAAGAGAUAGUUAAGGGCGUUUAUGAUGGAAGCUUGUUUGAACGUAUGGAGAGGGACAGAAAACCACACAAAGAUAGAUGUUGGGAUUGGAUAUAAAACAUGCUUCCUGGGUCCGAUUCGAGUCGAUUUGGUUCGAUCGAUUUUAUCGAAAAGAUUUGAUAAAAUUAUCUGGUUUUAUUUCAUUUUACAUAUAGUAAUGGCAGAAGGAAAUGCAUCUACCUGUCAAUGGAUUUGAAGAUGUAGUUUAUUUCAUAUUAAAUAAGCAUGAAUUACCAUGUUCAA